AUGGCGGUCAUCGUCCCCUCCCUUCCCCAGUACCCUUCCACUCGCGCUCGUGCAACUCAAACGCCCUCAAAAGCCGCCGAGUUAGAACAGAAUAUCUUGACUACUCUGGCGAGCAUUCUCCCUCUCUCCGAUUCACAACUGCUUCAGCGUGGACCGGAGACGUUUGUCGCAUCGUAUGUCAAAGAUGUUGCCCAGCAACAACUCAAGUUCCUCGUUUGGAGGAACGAAGAGAUAGCCUUCUCCUCACAGGAACGGAAGAUCCGCCAUUCUGUAUUCCUCCUUGCCGAACGUCUAGCUCCUCUGGGGAAGCUGGAUCUGCAAACAAUCGUAGAUUUCAGUGUCGCCUACUCCCGCAUCUCAUCCUCCCGCCUAAAGGCUCUGUUUUCUGAUGCUUUUGUGCGCGCCCCGAAUGCAUCUGCCCAAGAGCACCAAGUCAUCGCAAGCGCAGUCCCCGCCUUCAUCCCCCUGCUUUCCUCGCCCUCCCAUGGCCUGUAUGGCCUCCGCAAGACCGCGCACAUCCUCCUUUCUUUCCUGCGCCCCUCCCCUUCCGCCGUCUCCCGCGCCUUCGCGCGCGACAAAUCCUUUAUGGCCGCCCUCGCUACCGCGUACCAUGCCGGCCUCGCAUCCGUCGCGCAGAGCUACGGCGGCCUGCGUGCCCUCGCCGCCCUCGGCCCCAGCGAGCGCGAGCUUGACGAGUGGGAGCGGCUCUUCAUCGAUACCAAGGUCGCGCUCCUCGACGUCUUCCACAUAUCGAUCAGCACUCUCCUCGAGAGCGUCGCGGCUGUCGCGACCGCCGGGCCUGUCCUCGUUGCGCAGGCCGAGCCUGCGUUCGAGGUCGUCUGCGGACUCGUCGAUCUCCCCGCUACGCCCGUGGAUCCAGACCAGCUCACGCCCACGCCAUUCCUCAACCGGCCCCUGCUCGUGGACUACAACUAUGCGUACGACUUCACGCGAACGCUGAAGGAGACGAUGGAGAGGACGGAGGAUGCGCGCGUGGACUGGAUCGAGGCGUCGAUUGCUCAGGCCGCGGGAUCGGACGCGUCGGGCUCGCGGUCCCCUGGGGUGCUCAAGUUCGUUCUUCGGUCAUCGGGUGUGCCCCUUGGGGUGGGCAACACGCCGGCCCAUAGGGUGGACCCAAGCUGCAAUGCUAAGGAAAAGGGCAAAGGCAAGGAGAAGGCGUCGGGUCGGCGAUUGGGUGCGGCGAGCGUAGUGCCGGACGAGCAACUCGACGUCGCGGUGACAUGCGUGCUGGACCUCUUCCCGGACGAAAACCCCCAGUACCUACGCUUCGUGCUUGGACACCGUGACUAUCCGUACCAGGGCGACGCAGAGAAGCUCAUCACAGCGCUCCUCGAUAAAACAGCACCGCUUGUGGAUGACGUUCAUGCGGCUAUGGCCCACGAGGAGGAUACCGGAGAUUCUGGAGAUGCAAGCGGCGGCUCCGGGAACGUCCCUAUGGAGGAUGAAUUUGCGUUUACGCGGGACCGGAGGAAUGCGUUCGACGACGAUGUGAUGGAUCUGAGUAAGAUCCGGAUUGGAAAGAACAGUGAUGAUGCUCAGGCGGUCCUGCAAGACCGGUCAUUCAUCGAGCAGAUGAAGGCGGAUAUUUUGCGGCGCGCUGAAGAGAUGUCCGAUGAAGAAGACGAAGCCGAGCAAAGUGGUGGCAAAGGUCGCGCUGUCGCUAUCGAAGAAGAGCUUGACGAAGAUGACGCUUCAGAAGCCAUCAUCAGGGUCCGCGAUGGCGACGACAGCGACGAUGAUCUCGUCGACGACGUCGAGGGUGGAGCCGAAAGAACUGGGACCAACACUCCACAGAACCCGGAGACGAUCCUCGAACUUGCAUACAUCGCGGACCCGUCUGCCUUUGAGCGCGACGCAGCGACACGGCGCUCUCGCGGGCGUGCAGACCUCAAAGCCCGCACCGGGUGGGGCGACGAACAGAUCGAGGGCUGGAAGAUUAUGCUGGAGCGCGACCCGAAGCGCAAAGCACAGAUGCUCGCGAAGCAUGAGUUCUCGGGCAACCGGCCGCUGAACGCGCCGCUCGCGGAAGACGAUGGGGAGCCUGGUCCGAGCGGUAGUGGUGGACGCGGCCGUGGAAGUGGAGGCGGACGCGGCCGAGGAGGUGGGAGAGGGAGGGGACGUGGUGGUGGAGGCGGAGGUAGGGGAGGAGGACCGGGAGGAGGAGACCAGGCGCGCGACCGGGCAUGGAAGGACAAGAACAAGGCGCGGCAAGGAAAUCACGACCGCAAGAGGGGGCGGGACAAGAAGUUGGCGAAAGUUGGCGGACCGGGCUGA